UCCUGUGCACUCUGAUGAAGCUGAAGAAGGAUGAGAAGUUGAAACUGUUUCAGAGCCAUCUGAGUCAGGAUUGCCCAGAAUGCUUAAAGAGUCUGUCUGAAGAUCCUUCUGAGCUGGAUAAGUUUAGGAAGAUGAAGGAAUUGUUCAAGAGUCAUAAAAUUGAUGAAGAAUGCACUGAGAGAGAGCAAGAGGAUUCUAAGGCCCUGUACAUAGUUGAGAAGAUGCUGGAGACCUGUGGCAGUGAGAGGUCUCUGAAGAUCACACUCCACAUCCUGAGGAACAUGAAGCAGAAGGAUCUCGUCGACUCACUGGAGAGAGAUGAGCAGCUCAAUGAAUCCAUAAAAAGAGCCCAGCAGGCACUGAAAACUCAUCUGAAGCAGAAGUUUGAGUGCAUAUUUGAAGGUUUAGCAAAACAGGACCACCCAACCCUCCUGAAUGAGAUCUAUACAGAGCUCUACAUCACAGAGGGGGGAAGUGGGGAGGUCAAUAAUGAACACGAGGUCAGACAGAUUGAGACAGCAUCCAAGAGACAAACCACACAGGAGACUGCAAUCCUCUGCAAUGACAUCUUUAAGCCUUUACCUGGACAAAAGAAAACCAUCAGAACUGUGCUUACAAAGGGCAUCGCUGGCAUUGGGAAAACCGUCUCUGUGCAGAAGUUCAUUCUGGACUGGGCAGAAGGAAAAGCCAAUCAGGACAUCGAUUUCAUCUUCACUCUUCCUUUCCGAGAUCUGAAUUUGAAGAAGGAAAAAGCAUUUAGUCUAAUGCAACUUCUGCAGCACUACUUUCCACAAUUGAAAGAGAUCAAAAGUAUUGAAGGUGAUGAAGUAAAAGUGGUGUUUAUCUUUGAUGGUCUGGAUGAGUGUCAACUUCCUCUAGAUUUACAAAGCAAUGAGAUCUGCUGUGAUAUAACAGAGUCAUCAUCAGUGGAUGUGCUGCUGACCAACCUCAUUACGGGGAAUCUGCUUCCCACUGCUCUCCUCUGGAUCACCUCCCGACCAGCAGCAGCCAAUCAGAUCCCUCCUGAGUGCGUCCACCAAGUGACAGAGGUACAAGGGUUCAAUGACCCACAGAAGGAGGAGUACUUCAGGAAGAGAAUCAGAGAUCAGAACCAGGCCAGCAGAAUUAUCUCACACAUAAAGUCAUCCAGGAGUCUCUACAUCAUGUGUCACAUACCAGUCUUCUGCUGCAUUUCUGCUACUGUUCUGGAGGAAAUUUUGGGUAAAACAGAGAGUGGAGAUCUUCCCAAAACACUGACUGAAAUGUACACACACUUCCUUCUCAUUCAGACUAAUGUGAAGAAUCAGAAGUAUCAUGGCACUGAUGAGACAGACCCAAAGAAGAUGUCAGCAUCAGAUACAGAAAUCAUCCUGAAACUGGGGCAGCUGGCUUUUCUACAGCUGGAAAAGGGCAAUCUGAUAUUCUAUGAAGAGGACCUGAGAGAGAGUGGCAUUGAUGUCAGUGAAGCUUCAGUGUACUCUGGGGUGUGCACAGAGAUCUUUAAAGAGGAGUGUGGGUUUUAUCAGGAGAAGAUCUACUGCUUUGUGCAUCUGAGCAUUCAGGAGUAUCUGUCUGCCUUGUUUGUGUUUCAUUCAUGUGUAAAUGAGAACAGAAAUGUACUCAGAGCAGAAGAAUCAAAACCUCACAGUGACAGAGUUCAGCUGUCUGAGUUACACAGGAGUGCAGUGGAUCAGGCCUUAGAGAGUAAGAAUGGACACCUGGACCUUUUCCUCCGAUUCCUUCUUGGCCUCUCUCUGGAGUCCAUUCAGAAGCUCUCAGGGGGACUACUGACACAAACAGGAAGCAGAUCUGAGAGCAUUAAUAAAACAGCCCAGUACAUUAAGGAGAGGAUCAGAAAUGAGUCUUCAGCAGAGAGGACCAUCAAUCUGUUCCACUGUCUCAAUGAACUGAAUGACAACUCUCUAGUGAAGGAAAUCCAGAAUUCCCUGAGAUCAGGAAAACUUUCUGAUAAAAAGCUGGAACCAGACCAGUGUUCAGCUCUGGCCUUUGUGUUACUGAUGUCAGAGGAGAUCCUGGAUGAGUUUGACUUGAAGACCUACAACACAUCAGCAGCAGGUCAUCAGAGACUGCUACCAGUAAUCAGGAACUGCAGGAAGGCCAAACUGAACAGCUGUAACCUGACAGAGAAGUCCUGUGAUAUUGUGGCCUCUGCUCUCCAGUCAUCAAACUCACCCCUGAGAUAUCUGGAGCUCAGCUACAAUAACCUGGGAGAUUCAGGAGUGGAGCUGCUCUGUGCUGGACUGAUGAGUCCAAACUGUAAACUGCAGAGACUGGGGCUGUCAGGCUGUAGAGUCACACAGAGAGGCUGUGAUUCUCUGGCUUCAGCUCUGUGUUCAAACCCCUCACACCUGAGAGAGCUGGACUUGAGAUACAAUCACCCAGGAGACUCAGGAGAUUCAGGAGUGAAAGCGCUCUCUGCUGGACUGGAGGACCCACACUGUAAACUGCAGAGACUGGGGUGAGUACAAACACACACCCCUUCAAUAAAUAAGGGCUACAAUGUGACUAAAUACAACACUGAUGUCAAUGUUUCUAAUGUGAAAACAGACACUCCACAGAACUGAAACAGCAUGUUCCUGUUCUCCUCUUGGUAGAAUUUGACUCUACACAGAUGAAUGAAGAAAAUGAAUUAGUCCU